AUGUUCAUGUCUGUGUGGUAUGCCAAAAAGAUGGGCUGCCGAUUCCUCAACAAUGUUCGGAGAGCCAAGAAGUAUCGACGUCACAAGACGGGAAAUACUCCUCCGGUGGUAGUGAACACUGACACGCUCGAUGGCUCCCCAUACGUGAAUGGGACAGAAGGAGAAAUCGAGUAUGAAGAGAUCACGCUGGAAAGAGGUAACUCAGGCCUGGGCUUCAGCAUAGCGGGGGGAACAGACAACCCCCAUGUGGGCGACGAUCCCAGCAUCUUCAUCACCAAAAUCAUACCAGGAGGCGCUGCAGCUCAGGAUGGGAGGCUGAGUGUGAACGACUGCAUCCUGUUUGUGAAUGAUGUGGAUGUGAGGGAGGUGACACACAGCCAAGCUGUAGAGGCUCUAAAGGAGGCAGGUGCUAUUGUCCGCCUCUAUGUUCUUCGCAGAAAGCCAGCAGCAGAAAAAGUCACUGAAAUCAAACUAAUCAAAGGGCCCAAAGGAUUAGGUUUCAGCAUUGCUGGAGGGGUGGGAAACCAGCACAUACCAGGAGAUAACAGCAUCUACGUUACCAAGAUCAUUGAAGGAGGGGCAGCUCAUAAAGAUGGGCGACUGCAGAUCGGGGACAAGAUCUUAGCGGUGAACCACGUCUGUCUGGAGGAUGUGAUGCACGAGGACGCAGUGGGGGCACUGAAGAACACAGCCGAGGUGGUGUACCUCAGGGUGGCCAAACCAAACAACCUGUUCCUGACAAACUCCUACAACCCUCCAGACCUCACGAGCACAUAUUCCCACAUGGAUACUGAACUCAGCCACCCGAACUACCUUGGAUCAGAUUACCCACAAGCCCUCACUCCCACCUCACCCAGUCGGUUUUCUCCGGUUCUGCACGGCAUGAUGGGAGAUGAUGACAUCCCCAGAGAGCCUCGCCGGGUUUUGAUCCACCGAGGAUCCACGGGCCUGGGAUUCAACAUUGUUGGAGGCGAAGACGGAGAGGGGAUAUUUAUCUCCUUCAUACUGGCAGGUGGACCAGCUGACCUCAGUGGAGAGCUUCACAAGGGCGAUCAGAUCCUCAGUGUAAAUGGCGUGGAUCUGCGUAUGGCCACACAUGAACAGGCCGCUGCGGCAUUGAAGAACGCUGGCCAGACUGUAACCAUCAUCGCUCAGUAUAGACCCGAUGAGUACAGUCGUUUUGAGGCUAAAAUCCAUGACCUGAGGGAACAGCUUAUGAACAGCAGCAUGGGCUCUGGCACCACAACGCUACGGAGUAACCCAAAGAGAGGCUUCUACAUCAGGGCUCUUUUCGACUAUGACAAGACUGCGGACUGUGGCUUCCUCAGUCAGGCCCUGGGCUUUAAGUUUGGGGACGUGCUGCAUGUGCUGGACUGUGGGGACGAGGAGUGGUGGCAGGCCCGUAAGGUCAGCCUGCAGAAUGAAGCCGAAGAGGUUGGGUUUAUCCCCAGCAAACACAGGGUGGAAAGAAAAGAGUGGUCUCGUGGAAACACCAAAGAGAGGGACCAUGGUCGAGACAGCUUGAGCACUCAAGGGAGGGAUAAAACCUCACACAGUUAUGAGAUAGUGACGCAAGUGGAAGUACAUUAUGCGAGACCCAUCAUCAUUCUGGGUCCUGUGAAAGACAGGAUAAAUGAUGACCUGUUGUCUGAGUUUCCUGAUAAGUUUGGAUCCUGUGUCCCUCACACCACGCGGCCCAAGAGGGAGUAUGAGGUGGAUGGGCGAGACUAUCAUUUCGUAUCGUCGCGGGAACAGAUGGAGAAGGACAUCCAGAGCCAUCGAUUCAUCGAGGCCGGCCAGUACAACAGUCAUUUGUACGGCACCAGUGUCCAGAGCGUCCGUGAGGUGGCUGAGCAACAGGGGAAACACUGCAUCCUGGAUGUGUCUGCCAACGCCGUACGCAGGCUACAAGCAGCCCAGCUUCAUCCAAUUGCCAUCUUUGUCCGUCCCAAGUCACUGGAGAAUGUUCUAGAAAUUAACACUCGCCUGACAGAGGAGCAGGCCAGGAAAGGAAUGGACCGAGCCCUCAAACUAGAGCAAGACUUCCUAGAGUGUUUUUCCGCUGUCGUGGAAGGGGACAGCUUUGAGGAGGUUUAUCAUAAAGUAAAGACAGUGAUCGAGGAGCAAUCGGGGCCUUACAUCUGGAUCCCCACUCGAGAGAGGCUGUGAUGCUGCACCCCUCCGGCGACCCCCCCCCUCACAGCCACCGACCAACACCGCCCUUCACCCUCACAGCCAAGCCAGCCUCGCCUGCCUGUCCGUCCUCCAGCGCAGUCAGUGCUUAGGCCAUCACUGCAAAUGACACAGAGUCGAAUGCGUACAAGACAGAGACAAACACGGGAAAGUGACACCGCGAGGCAAAGAAGGAUACCAAAAAAAGAGACUCUGUGACAGAUGCGAACACAGUGACGUGUAAUUAACUGAGAGCGAUGGCGAGCAAAGAUCUAAUCGGUAUUCCACUUUGAUGAAGCAGGACUAAAUAUUGAGGCCCUGUUCACACUUAGCAUUAAAGUGCACCUCAGAUACGAGCUGUUAUUGCAUCCAAAACCGAAGGCGCCGAGGCCCUAAACACUUUGGUGAUGCUACAUAACUUGAGUGUGUGUGUUUAGCACGUGUUUAGUUGCAGUUUCCCACCAAUUUAAUCUCCAAUGAAGUGAAAUCCAAUCACGUGUGAAGCCAUUUUGACUCCAUUUUGACGCCAGAUGUGAACUGCAGCCCAUACCAUCUGGAUCUCAACACAGCCUAGAUAUAAUGUGACAAGAGAUACGGUCUGGACAGGGCUUGAAAUAGGACAGAGGAUGACCAAGAGGCUGUAAGACCACCUCUUGCUCUACCGAUCUCAAGUCUCAUGCCCCCCUCAUGCCCCCUGAGAUGAAGGUGCUCUAAAAGACACUGGCCCCCUUUUUAUAUUGCCUCCAAGCCCUCUGUUCUCCUCCUCCUCCUGUCUUUCAGGACAGGAACAGGGUAAGACUGAGAAUGGGGAAGUGCCCAGAUCCUGCUGAGUCCCCUAUUGAAACUGAGCUUUUUCUCAGCCAAGACCCGUUUUCUUCUCUUGGUACCUGGCGUGACCUCAGAGUAGCACCUCAGUGACCAAGACCGGCAUUUGUUCUGUCACCCAUCUUGAAUACUGCGAGGCAUAAUCUAAAGGCAGGUCAAAUAAUUCUAAUGAUAAAAACUCAUUAUGCUGACUUUGUGCAUGCAUCCUCAAGGACAAUGAAGACAGGUGGUGGAAACGAUGGAAAAGUCAGAGUAAAAAAAAAAGAAAAAAAAAAGGAAUGUGAACAAAGAUGAGUGAGAUGUGUUUUCCUCUGUGUCCACCUCUUUUUUGUGAGGGAGUGUUUUAGCAUGUCUCAUAGAGGAAGAGGAGGAGAGAGAAAAUGGCCAUGAGAGGUUGGUCCCAAGCAAACUAGAUACUCAAACUAGACACAUGUAGUUAUGCCUCUGCACACACAGACACGUUCACACCCGUCCAGUGACACACGCGGAGAGUUGUAACCUGAGCUGUACACCUGACUCUCUCCUUUUUUAGGGGGGGCCACUGGCUAGUGUGGCCAGUCGGUCAGAGUCCAGGAUGAAUGUUACCUGUCCAGGCACAAACAGCCGAGCUCUUAGCUUCAGCGCACCAACUCACCGGCCACUCUUCCGAAUCCCCUCAGCCGCAGACGUACACACUGUUUCCGGUGGCCGCAGUUAAAAGCCAUGCCGUGUGUGUAUGUGUGUGCGUAUUUCUGCACAAUUGUGCACAUUCAUGUGUGGAAACUCCUCUGUGUGUGUGCGUGUGAGGGGGGGGGUGGGGCAAUAGGUCUUCUUUUAUUCUCUCUCUUCCACUUUUCUCUGCUUCUUUCUCCCUCUUGAAUAAAAUCACAUAAAGAUUUAACUGAGUCAUGUUUAAAGAAAAAAAAAAUCAAUGGCCUAUAUAUAUAAAUAUAUAUAUAUAAAUAUAUAUCUUUUUUAUGACAAUUUCUAACGGGACUAAGUCUGUAAAAAUCAACAUUUCCAAACAAUAUUCCAUGACUUUCUUUGGGUAAUAUUGCAUUUUGGUUGUUGAAUUUACUCACAUUCCCAUUUUAUUGUUGUAAAUCGGAGUAAAACGAUACACAGGUAAAAAAAGAAACUCAACCAUUCAAGCUGAUGUAAAGAAGACCUCACACUAGAGCUUUGAACUGAAGUGUAUGACAGGUUCCUGUUUAAAAUCCAGUUAGAAAAUACGUGCAAUGCAGCUGUGUGUCUGUCUGAUAGUGUGUGUGUGUGUAUCGGUAUGUUUGUUUGAAAGGUGUGUAUUAAUGUAUAAAAUAUAGAUGAUACCAUAUGAUGCCAUACUUUAUAACAGCUUAUGGUAGUGAUCAUGUAUAAUGCAUAAAUGGCCGAUGUGUGUGUGCCUGUGUGAGAGAGUGAGACACACACAUGAAGAUGUAGUGCAAUAUGGAUAUGAUGUUAUGCAACAAAGAUGGUUUCAUGUACAAGAUUGAGACAGUAUCUAUAUAAAGUUUGCACUGACAGCAUCACAUGCUGUAGCUAUUAGUGGGACAGUGGCUCAGAGAAAGCAGAACAAAUCAAGUUGAAGGUUUCAGGAGCAUGUAUUUGUAUUCACUUAAAAUAUGUUCUGGAUUAUAAGAGUGCAGGUGGAAGUAUUGAUGGACGUGACCGUUCAUAUUAAUUGUUUGUUUAUUUUAGCUCACUUGCAUCCCUCUGAACACAACGGAACAUCUGAGGCUUGAGGAUGACCAACAUCAAGUUCUGUUUUUUGGUCUCUGAUUAAUUAUUUAUUCAGAACUGUCCAUUUCAAGUCUUUAUAUUUUUGUAUUUUCCUUUCCUUUUUCGUCCACACAGAGAAAACUGUUGGGUCUUGGCCACAAAUGCUGUAAAUACAAUAAGGAUGUUGGGGUGCCAUGUGGCUUUAGAUCAGCCAUUCACGCCGCUAAAUUGAAGUAUAAGAAUCCAUUGGAGCCAGAGCCCAAUCUAAUUGCUCCAACACAGAUUACAUUUGCGCCUUCUGGUUGGGCAAUACACACACGCACACCCACAUUCACAUGCACACAAAACAUCAGCACGUCCAUACAUGCAUUCACAUUUACACACUGAUGGAAUCACAGAAACGACAACACACUCAUGAAUUGAACAAUAUGUUUUCGAUUUAUUUCUUUGAGGGUUCAGUGUAUUUCUUAAUAUCUCUCUCAGCCAUCCGUAUCAUAGUGUGAUAUUCCUUAUAAAGUAUAUGAAUUUUUACAGAAAAGAGUAAUUACAAAGUUACAACAAAGUCAACUGAUGCAGAAAAAUAUAUUCAAUAAUGACAAUAUGAAGCAAAAUAAAAUGUUCCAGUUCAGUGAAGCGCUUGUUGUAAAUUAGCUAUAAAAUAAUAAAAUUAAUUUAAAAAUGC